UGAUUGUUGUGCUGCAACAGUAAAGUUCCAAACUUGCAGUCCUUCCAUUGUGAUUUUUGAAGAAGACAACGUUCCACUACAUUUUAAACUCUGAAGCCGAUCUUCCAGUCCGGUCAGUGAUGUCACUCAAAAAAAUAUUUCACGAGCUACUGGAGCUCAGAGAUGACAUGGGGAAAAAAUCAAGAAGGGCAGAGAGAAAGCAAACGCGUCGCCGAGCAAAAUCACACAUUGCCCCUGAACACUCGUUAUCUUCAUUGCCAUCACCUGAAUUGGUUCAACAGAGCCAAUGGGCAAACUUGCCCCCCGAGUUGCUUCUUGACAUAAUUCAACGCUUGGAAGCGAGCGAGACCUCCUGGCCUGCUCGGAGAGAUGUCGUUGCCUGUGCUUUGGUUUGCAGGUCAUGGAGGGAGAUUACAAAAGAGAUAGUCAAGACUCCAGAGCAAUGUGGCUGGCUUACCUUCCCUAUCUCACUGAAGCAGCCGGGUCCAAGAGAUGCUCCGAUCCAGUGCUUUAUUAAGAGGGAAAGAGAAACCUCGACAUAUCGACUGUAUCUUGGUCUAAGCCCCGCUCUGUCUGGGGAUAUGAGUAAGCUAUUGCUGGCAGCGAGAAAGAUCAGACGGGCAACUAGUACAGGUUUUGUGAUAUCCUUGGUUGCAGAUGAAUUUUCUCGAGCAAGCAAUACCUAUGUUGGAAAACUAAGGUCUAAUUUUCUGGGGUCCAAGUUUACCAUUUAUGACAGUCAGCCUCCACAAAACCCAGUAAUCCAAACAAAUUGUGGGUCACAUCGCAGAAUCAAUUCAAAGCAGGUAUCUCCAAGGUUACCUGCCGGCUGUUUUAGUGUUGCUUCUGUAUCUUAUGAACUCAAUAUCCUCCGAACAAGGGGCCCAAGGAGAAUGCAAUGCACCAUGCAAUCAAUCCCCAUAACAGCAAUUCAAGAAGGGGGCUUUGCUCCAACUCCAACAGAGUUAUCAACUUGCUUAAACCAGAAAUGCCCUCCAUCGUCCAUUUCGCAAGGGAAGAAGCCACUUGCUAACUUGGGCUCUAGUAGCCCCACGCCGGAUUUGGAACAUGGCAUGAAGGAUCCGCUCAUUUUGAAAAAUAAAUCUCCUCGAUGGCAUGAACAGCUGCAGUGUUGGUGUCUAAACUUUAAGGGUCGUGUUACAGUGGCAUCCGUGAAGAAUUUCCAGCUGGUGGCUUCUGCAGAGCCUUGCCAUAAUGUUUCAUUGGCUGAACAAGAGAAAGUAAUCCUGCAAUUCGGGAAGAUCGGUAAAGACAUUUUCACUAUGGAUUAUCGCUACCCUCUCUCUGCUUUCCAAGCCUUCGCAAUUUGCUUGAGCAGCUUUGACACGAAACCAGCCUGUGAAUGAUUUACUGUCUAUUCACAUCAUGUGACUAUCAUGUUCGUCUUCCCUUAGAUUUGACUGUAAAUAUACUUCGUGAAACAAAGCACUUUAGGUUGUGCCUUUUGGUCCAUCAGAAAGUGCCUUCAUUGAAGUCGCACUAGUUUGUGUAAUGGCAGUAACCCAUAAAGCAUAAUGUAAGUUGCCAAUUUAUUUAUAUGCACAAAAGCACUUUUUUGCAACUUUCUCCAAGCAUGUAAACAUUACUCUUCCCCACCCCCCCAAAUUUUUUUCAAUCUUAAAAUAUAGAU